UCUCUCCAAAAGGCUUCAACUUGAAAGCGCUCUCAUUCGUUUUCCCCUUCUCUCUCUCUCUCUUUCUUGUGCGAGAGAUCCAAAAAGAAACUUGUAAGCUCAGGAAAAAAAAGGUUUAGCAUUUUGAUUUCGGAGUUCAGAAGCAUUAGCUCUUUUCGAUUUGUCUCUUCUUUUUAUUGAUCGGUCUGUUCAGAGGAGAAACAGAUAUCGAUCCUCCGACAAAGGAAAGCUCUUUUUUUUUCCAGAUAAAUAGAAAAAAAAGUCCAUUUCUAAGUUACCCAGAAAGGAUUUCCUCGGAUUUUCUCGUUCUGGGUUUUUGCUUCUGAAGUCAUCCCUCUUCUGACCCCUGAUAUCAGCGCAAAGAGACGAAAUCUCGAUUAGGUAUUCGCGGGUUUCACCCGGUGAGAUAAUCGCUUCUGGCCGAAGAGCAGCUCCGAUUCUUAUUUUUCAAUCUCCGUUGUGUCCAGUAAUUCCCUGUAUUUUUGGAACUAGGGUUUUCGAAAAGCUCUGGUUUUGAUUCCAGCACUGCUCUGAUCGAUCGAUCUUGUUUGCUUGGAGUUGGAAAAAGUCUCCGAUUCUGCUUUAUACUCGAUCUGGGUCUUUGCAUUUCUGGGCGUUCAUCUCGAUUUCUCACUGGAUCGAAGCUUACCAGUCCGGGUGACAUUGGAUUCGUUAGUUUCUCAACAGCUUUUGGAUGCUCUGUAGCUGAAGAUGCAGUUUGAUCAGCGCAAAAAGUCAUCUAUCGAAGUAGAUUUCUUCACAGAAUACGGUGAGGGAAACAGAUACAGAAUAGAGGAAGUGAUAGGUAAAGGAAGCUAUGGUGUUGUCUGCUCUGCCUAUGACACACACACCGGAGAGAAAGUCGCGAUCAAGAAAAUCAAUGACAUAUUUGAGCAUGUCUCUGAUUCAACUCGCAUACUUCGAGAGAUCAAACUUCUCAGGAUCCUCCGCCAUCCAGACAUUGUUGAGAUCAAACACAUCUUAUUACCGCCUUCCAGAAGGGAGUUUAAGGACAUUUACGUGGUUUUCGAGCUCAUGGAGUCUGAUUUGCACCAAGUUAUUAAGGCAAACGAUGAUUUGACCCCCGAGCAUUACCAGUUCUUCCUAUACCAGCUUCUUCGAGGACUCAAGUAUAUACACACAGCAAAUGUCUUUCACCGGGAUCUUAAACCCAAAAACAUAUUGGCAAAUGCUGACUGCAAACUCAAGAUCUGUGAUUUUGGGCUCGCGAGAGUUGCUUUCAACGACACACCUACUGCAAUAUUUUGGACAGACUAUGUAGCAACUCGAUGGUACCGGGCUCCGGAACUAUGUGGGUCAUUUUUCUCCAAGUACACUCCGGCGAUAGAUAUAUGGAGCAUCGGGUGCAUCUUUGCAGAACUCUUGACAGGGAAACCUCUUUUCCCAGGUAAAAAUGUAGUCCAUCAGUUGGAUCUGAUGACUGAUCUGUUAGGAACUCCAUCUGCAGAAGCCAUUGGAAGGGUACGCAAUGAGAAAGCUCGUAGAUAUCUGAGCAGCAUGAGGAAGAAGAAAUCUGUUCCUUUUUCACAUAAGUUCCCGAAUGCUGAUCCCCUCGCUCUUCGUCUUCUGGAAAGAAUGUUGGCAUUUGAACCCAAGGACCGACCCACAGCAGAGGAGGCACUUGCUGAUCCGUACUUCAAGGGUUUGGCCAAAGUCGAAAGAGAACCCUCUGCUCAACCUGUCACAAAAAUGGAAUUCGAGUUUGAGAGGCGGAGGAUCACGAAAGAAGACGUGCGUGAGCUCGUGUACAGAGAGAUUCUUGAGUACCAUCCCAAGAUGCUGAAAGAGUACUUGGAAGGAUCAGAGCCGACGGGCUUUAUGUACCCAAGUGCCGUGGAUCAUUUCAAGAAACAGUUUGCUUUCCUCGAGGAGCACUACAAGAACGGAACUUCGGGUGCUCCACCCGAGAGGCAGCACACAUCAUUACCAAGGGCAUGUGUUUUGUACUCUGAUAACAAUCACGCGGUGCAGAAUUCCGCUGAAGUUACCGACAGCCUUUCCAAGUGCCGCAUAAGAGAAAUAGAGAGGCCGCAUGUAGACAGGAGGGUUCCUAUCCACGUUCCUCAGGCGAACCAAGGAGCAGCUAGGCCCGGGAAAGUCGUUGGAUCAGUAUUACGCUACAACAACUGCGGCAUAGCAGCAGCAGGCACUGAAGCUAUUGAGCAGCAGCGUAGUAGGAUGGUCAGAAACCCGGCAUCAAACUGUUCCUACCCGAAAAGGACUCAGCCAUGCAAAAAUGACAGAGGAGAGGAUGAAUGUCCCGAAGGGUCAAACAGGUUGCAGCCAAAGCCACAGUAUGUUGCACGUAAAGUGGCUGCAGCCGCGCAAGGUGGCCCUGUGAACAACUGGUAUUGAGGCCGUUCUCAUCCUCAGCUGGCUUAAAGUUUGUUCCUUUCUGGUCCAAGAAUGUCUCUGCUAAAGCUUCACUUCACGUCCGAGGGCAAAAAUCGAAAGCCCCCUUCGAUUGUUUCAGCGGUUGGGAUGAGACUCGACAAAAGAGCAAGAAGAUGAUGAAGAGAACUGGUUAAAAAGACAAUUAAACUAGUUUCCAUCGAUCCUGUCCUGUAUUUGUUCGCAAUAGCUUCUUUCGUUCUGCAGAAAUGCAAAGACCGUGGAAGUUUACUGUUAUUAAGAAUUCCAAAUAUAAUUCGACUUUCGA